UUUUUAAAAUUAGUUAUUUCGUUCAGAUGGAGGCUUACCCUAAUGCAUAUGCCCUAAGAGGCAGCAGCAAUUUAGAAAUGUGAACUUUAAAUCAUACUGAGUGCAAUACCGAUUACAACGCAAUUCAGUGCAUAAAGCGCCCUUUAAGUGAGUGCUUCGACUCGUUAGACGAAAACACUUCCGCAUCUCUUGGUGUGCAUAUUAAUUGGAUGCAUCCACAUAAUUGUAGAUUAAUUGUUGAACAUUUGUGUAAUAUUUUUGCGCUGUCUGCACUCGAAAACGAUGCUUGAGACUUGGUUGAUAACCUUGACACUAGCAGGUAUUAUAGGUGGACUCAUAUACAGUUUUCUAACAUGGAACUUAAAUUACUGGGAAAAGCGUGGCAUAAAACAAGCGAAAUCGUAUACAUUAGUGGGCUCAUUUCCCAGCACAUUUUCGCAUCAACGGAAUAUAGCUUAUGAUUUCGAUGAUAUUUACAGAGCUUAUAAACAAGAUGAAAAUUUUGUUGGUGUUUUAAUGAUGCGCACUCCAAAAUUGCUUGUGCUGAAUCCUGCUUUGGUGCAGAAAAUUUUUGUUUCAGAUUUCCAGAAUUUUCAUGACAACGAGAUUUCGCAAAAAGUCGACGAAAAGAGUGACUUUAUUUUCGCUAAUAACCCGUUUGUAUUAACUGGAUAUGAAUGGAAAGAGCGCCGAGUAGAAAUCAUACCCGCCAUGACACCAAAUCGAAUAAAAGUCGUCUAUCCGAUUACCUUGGAUGUGUGCCAACGCCUAAUACGCUAUAUCAGAGAGCAAACCAAGACUAAGCCAACUGAAGGUUUAGAUGCUACAGAGCUUUUCUUGCGCUACACAUCCGAGGUGGUCAGCGAAUGUAUCUUGGGCAUUCGUGCAAAUAGUUUCAGCGACGAGUUAUCGCCAAUUUAUGCCAAUACGAAAAAACUGUUCAACCAAACUUACAUUUUUCGUUUAUACCAACUGCUUACCGGAUUCUUUCCUGCGGUGCAGCACUUUUACAAAAUGCGUUUCUUUACCAAAGACGUUGAAAAUUUCUUCAUCGAUUUAACGCAAAAAACAAUCGAUUUGAGGCAUAAGCAAAAUAUGGAUAGAGCUGAUUUUAUUAAUUAUAUGUUGCAAUUGCAGCAGAAACGUAAUCUAUCGACGCCGGAGCUAACGUCGCAUGUGAUGACCUACAUAACCGAUGGCUUUUUAACGACAACUACAGCGAUUACACAUUGUUUGUUGUUGCUCGCACGCUACGAAGACAAGCAGAGUCAAUUACGCCAAGAGAUUGCAGAGAAUCUGGACGAGCAUGGUAACUUGAGCUUCGAAGUGCUCUCGGACAUGCCAUACUUAGAUGCCUGCUUACACGAGGCUUUAAGAAUUUUUUCGCCGAUACUCUUUAAUAAAAAACUGUGCACAAAUUCUUGUGAGCUGGUUAAUAAAAAUGGCAGUAUUUUGAAAGUGGAAAAGAAUGACGUCAUUUUGAUACCCGCAUAUUCCUUGCAUCACGAUGAAAGCAUCUACGAAGAACCGGAAUUAUUUAAACCAGAGCGGUUUCUUCCGGAAAAUGGUGGCUUAAAAAGUUAUCGCGAUAGAGGAGUAUUUUUAGCAUUCGGUGAUGGACCACGUGUUUGCUUAGGCAUGAGAUUUGCGCUUACUCAAAGCAAAGCAGCAAUUGCCGAAAUCGUGAGGAAUUUUGUCAUCAAACCCAAUCCUAAAAAUCGCUCGGACAAUAUCUUAACUAAAGAUAGCUUCUUUGGAAGCUUGGAAGGUGGAGUUUGGCUAGAUUUUGAGUCAAUUGACGCGAACUGAACGUGUGAUAGACUACGAACUAGAUUUGAGUUCAUAUACAUACGUGUAAAAUUGUAUAAAUGUAAAUUGUAAACUACGAACUUUCUACUUUACUAUUAUAUAAUCUAAUAUUCACUAACUCGAGUCCCUUAACCCCCAAAGAUACUAGUUUGCCAAGUAGACACUUAUUUGUCAGUUAACAUAAUGACAAUUGCUAUAAAAAUGACUGCAUAUUAAUUGCUGUUAUAUUGAGUGGAGCCAACCAGCCGCCGCUCGACACACGCCGCUCGCGUCGCAGCAGACAGAUUGGCGGCUGGACAGCUAUAAUUGGCAGCAUAGCAAUGUGUGGGCUUAAACAACCGAUGCAAACACAAGAUAUCUGAUAAAAUGUGCAUUAUAUUAUAUUUUUUCCACAAUAUUGCUUUGCAAUUGAUAGCUCGAAUGACACAGCAAUGGAGGGGAAUGAAAAUGUUAAGUACAAAUAAAAAUGUUGCGCUUAAUUUGAGUGGCACUUGUAAAUAGAGUUUAAUUAAAGUAUUUUCUGUGCAAUUAACCGUUUGACAAUACUGUUAAGAGCAACUUUUUUUAAGUUUAUUUAAAUUGUUGCAUGGCUGUUGUCAAUUACUUGAAGCAUGGAUAGUGUCGAAUCGAACAAGCACGUAGCGUAAAUUUAAUUUUCUGGCAUUACCAAAUAAAGUUAAAAAGUAAAAAGAUUUUACGACUUUCGC